AGCGUUGAUUAGGAUGUAAAACGGAUGAUUGUCCUCUUUAUCCUUCUUCCUGCUGGCAUCGCUGUUGUUGGCAUACUUGUAAUCCUCAUAUACGGAGUCUUGGACUGCUUGGACUAUUUCUGCUACAAGGAAGAGCACGAAGAAUCUACUGAAAGAGAAAGACUUGUUGACAUCUGUGUUGUCUCUCAGGGUGGCGGUGGUGGAGGUAUAGAGAUGGCUGCUCCUGCUCAACCCACGUAACUUGCCUGAUAAUUAGUUUAUUUACAGUGGCCCCACCUGGCCAUUGUUGAAGAAUGAAGAAGCAAAGUAACAAGGGCGAGUUCAGACCUAGCUAUCAUACGAAAAGUAACACCCAUGGGUUUACAGUCGUGCCAGAUGCUUACGAGAACAAAUGGGACCACAUCCCUGUCAAGGAAACAACCCAACGACUGAUAAACAUCAGUAAAACCCACCGAAAGAGGAACAAAACUAAAUUGUGUUUUACUACGUCCACCCGUUCAAUACCAAUGAGAGCUCUCCACAAGCCCUCCUCUAAUAGACCCAGUUCUGCUCCAGCGACGCCGAUGAUGGAUUCUCCAAUCGGUCCUAUACCAACGCCCCCAUUGGGAGGUAAAACCAUCUACUCGACCCGCAAGAUCAGAUCAGCAGUCCCGCGAGUUAACGUGGCCGAUAAGAAGGAGGAAGUGAGGGAGGCUAAGAGCCCCACAUUCGAGCUGACCAGGACACCCACCGGUAAUAUCGGAGUUAAAGUCCAGAUACAGGAUGAUGACACUCUCGGAAGAUUGAAAGAAGUCGAAGCUGAGAAGAUCAUUAACCCUGAUAGUGAGCUGACAGAGGAAAUAGAGAGGCUGAAACAGCACAUUGUCGAACUGGAGUCCAAAAUCGAACUCGACCACAGAUCAAACCGCGAAAAGCAACAGUUGAUGCAGAUCGAGUUUAACAAGAACUUAGCACAAACACUUAACGAGAAAAAGAAAGAGCUGAAGCAAUUAAAAGAAAUGCACUAUGGGGAGAUCUGUGGACUUAAGCAUAAGAUGAACGAUGCACUCAAGAUGCAACGUAACGAAUCCUCCUUUGUUAUUGCGAAACUCAAAGGCGAAAUGGACUCUAAUCGAGAAACAUACAAGAAUUCAUCGAGCAUACAGGAUAAGCUGAAGAUGAGACACAGCGAGGAAUUACAGGAUUUGCACAGUGACCUCAAUCUCAAACAUCAGACAGAGAAAACAAAACUCCUCAGGGAUCUAGAGGAAAAGCUGAUAAAAGAAAAAGAGCUGGCGCUGGAAACCCUGAAAAAUAAGCUGGAGGCGGAUAUAACCCUACUGAAACAGCAGCACUCCCAAGAAGUUGAAGAAAUUCUCAAAACAUUUGAAGGGAUUAGUUUAGAAGAGGUUGACUCCAAUCGUGCUCUUAUUCAGGAACAAGAGUUGCAGAUAAUUUGUUACAAGAGAGCACAGAGGAAGAUGGAGGAAGACAUGAGGAGCAUAAUGAACGAGCUGGCUUCUCACAAAUCAGCGCUAAAGCAGCUGCAAGAGAGCUUCUUUGAUAAGGUACAUGAAGUGGACCAGAAGUACAACCAGCAACUCAGUAGUCUACUUGUUGAUAACAAAGACCUCCGGAAACGUUAUCUCAAAAAGUGUGACGAACUCUUCACUCUUAAAGCGGCGUAUAAUAGGCUUCAAGAAGCGAAGGGUUACAUAGCGAAGGAGAUGUUAUCAGCUCUGAUGCAGGGGAAACAGCCUCACGUCAUCACAAGCUCAGCGGUGAAAGCCAGCUGGUCUACCGAUGGUCUGGAUUGUAGUAGGAGGUGUAGUAGUGUAGCUAGAAGUAUUUCUGAUGGAGGAGACCUGUUUGACAGAAGUCCCUCCGCAUGUUCUGUCGAGGAUAAAGCGGCUCUUAUGCUGAGCACAUGUUCGUAUAUUCAAGACAAUAGCCAGUGUACAAGGAACCCCAGACCUCUAUCAGAGAGCAUCUUCUCCAAAGACGACUUUCCUUUCUCCCUAUCCCACGCUUCUUCCGAGGGUAAUCUCUCUACAAUCUCUGACACGCCUCCUCCACCUGGCCGGAUCUCCCGAGUCAGAUCAGUGUCCUCUGUGCUAGAGGACCCGUUAGCAGCCCCAAUGGGUCCAGUACCCUCCCGGAGACACCGCCCUGUUUCCUCAGUCUGUGUGGUACGACCUCACAGUCGCCAAUCUCUUCAAACUGGGGACCCUCUUAAACCCCGGGCUACUUCUGCUGAUCCCAGGUCGAGAUCUUUGCCAAUCAAUCAGAACAAACUGACAGAAACUUUCGAUAGUUUUAAUCUCCCUGCUCUGCCAACCAGCCCUCAAGUGAGAAGGAGAGAAGCAGCUGAGCAGGAUUCUCUUGUCCUGCACGACCUGGACAGAUGAUAGCCGGUUCAACGGUAGUGUUCCUCAAAUCAGCUAAUAUUGGAACGGUAGUGUUCCUCAAAUCAGCUAAAAUUGGCCCUCCUUUACAUGGGGCCUUGGUAAAUCCUAUAAUUUGUUUUUUGAAUUUUGACAUCAGAGUAACAACUUGAAUCUUGAUACAUAGUCGAGUGGUCGGAUUUUACAGGCGUAUUACAUGUGAAAUAAGUUCGCUUUUGUUUUAGAAAACAUCUAUAUUAAUAUAGCUUUUUCGUGAGAAACUCUCGCGGAAAAUGUAUGUUUGUAAUUAGUUACUUUGUAAUUUAUUGUGCGGAUUUUCACUAUUUGUGAUUCUUUUGUUUAAACUUU